AUGGAUAAAAUUAAAAGUUAUUUUGAGUUUGAAAAUAGUUUAAUUUGGAAAAAUGUUAUUGCUAUCGUAAUUUUUCAUGCACUUACAAUUUAUACAAUUUUAACAUUUCCAUAUCGUCAAAAUAAAAUGCUGAUGUUAUGGGCAUAUAUAGUUGCACAUAUUAGCGGGCUCGGAGUUACAGCAGGUGUUCAUAGACUUUGGACACAUAGAGCAUACAAAGCUAAAACUCCAUUACGAAUAUUUCUUGCUCUAUGUUAUUGUACUGCUGGUCAGAAUAGAAUAUAUGAGUGGGUGAGAGAUCACAGGGUUCAUCAUAAAUUCUCAGAAACAACAGCCGAUCCUCAUAACAGCAGUCGUGGUUUUUGGUUCAGUCAUGUUGGUUGGUUAAUGAUGAAAAAACAUGAAGAUGUAUACGAACAAGGCAGAAAAAUAGACAUGAGUGAUAUUGAAAAUGACAAAGUUGUCUCAUUUAUUGACAAACAUUUUACAAUUAUGAAAAUAAUGUGCUGUUUUGUGAUUCCUGUUGUUAUACCAGUUUAUUUAUUCAAUAGUCCAUGGAAACUGACAAUAUUAUCACAAGUACUUAUGCGUUAUCCUUACGUACUGAAUAGUACUUGGAGUGUUAACAGUUUUGCUCAUCUAUGGGGAUAUAGAAGUUACAACAAAUCAAUUGGACCAGCUGAAAAUUUAUUUGUAAUACUGUUGAGUGGUGGUGAAGGAUUUCAUAAUUAUCACCAUGCUUUUCCAUGGGAUUAUAAAGCAUCUGAAUUUGCCCAUACUAUAUUUAAUCCAACAACAGCAUGGAUUAAUUUUUUUCAUAAAAUGAAUUGGGCUUAUGAUCUCAAGAAAGCAUCUCCAGAACAUAUAAAAAAAAUUGCUGAAAAACAAGGCGAUGGAAGUUGGGUUGAUCAUUAUGAAAAAAGUUAUUAA